UCUGGUGGUGGAAGCAUUUGCAUGUCCGAAACGGUGCAAGGAUGAUUUUUAGGAAUAUGAGUUCCAAAUCCUUCGACGUUACAAAACCAGCUGUUGAAGGACCCGUGACCAGGAAUAGGCUUUCCUCGAGAAAGUACUGUGAGCCCCGAAGAAAAAGAUGCAUGUCGAUAUUGUUCUGUGUGAUUUGUUUUUCGCUGCUCAUUGGAUGGGUGAUGAAUGAUAUCUUCUACAAAUAUGGUGCGGAAAAUGUUCAUGAUUCGGAUGCAAACUCAACCGAUGAUGAAGUGUAUUAUGAAGAUGCCGAAACUAAUGAUACAACAUUAGAAAGGAUAGGGGCAAGUAACAGAAAAUACUGGGUGAGUUCGUCUUGUUAUAUCGAGCCAUACUGCGUGAUUACUUGUAGUAACAUGGAUAUCGAAAAGAUGAAUGCAGGCGUGCGUGAUUAUACAACGGGUUCGCACCCUUGCACCAUCAUUCAUCUGAUCAUCGUUAAUCUACUUACCGAUCAAAACGCUCUGUUUCGUGGUUGGCUUGAUCAGGAUGUGGAAGUCACCGUCGACAAGCUCGAAAUACGCGAUUCCAGGAUCGGUGUCAUUCCUGCCGAGUCCUUCGAUACUGGAGUGCUUUUUGGUACCACCGUCCUCACACUGGACAAGCUUGAUGUUUCUGUAUUGGAAGCAAAUGUGUUUAUCGGGUUGACACAGCUGAAGGAGUUGAAUUUGAAAUACCUUCCCCUGACGACGAUCCACGCCGAAGUUUUGGCCCCGAUAAAGUUUAAUUUGAAUACUUUAAUGGUAGAGCACAGCUUGUUCUCGGUGAGUCCGCGUCCUUUCACGGGAACAUCCACGAUGGAUCGGCUAGAAAAUGUUUCGCUUCGGUUCAAUAGCUUUGGAAAUGUGCUCGAGGAUGAUGCCUUUAGGAUGGCACCGAAGUUGAAGAGCUUAUAUUUGAGUGAUUCUAGAAUAGCUUACUUGAGUAAGAGAAUGAUUGAUAGCAUCAGUAAUACGAUCGAGCAAAUUCAUCUGGAGAAUAAUCAUUUGAACUUUGUUGAAGAUGCUGCUUUGGAUAGUUUGAACAAGGGCGUUAGAAUAUACUUGAAAGGUAAUCCGUUCCACUGUGACUGUUCAUUGUUGUACUUAAAAAGUAAAUUGGCAUCGGAUCCGGAGAUGUUUGACGAAGUCGUUUGUUCCCAACCCCCGGAACACGCUGAUCAAAGAGUGCUGGAGGCGAAUUUUUGUGCUUCAACUACUCCAGAUGGUUCAACUUCAACCACCGAAAUAACCGAAGAACCAACAUCUGAACCAACAGCUGAACCAACAUCUGAACCAACAUCUGAGCCAACAACUGAAUCCACAACAGAUACCACUACUGAGGCCACUAGUACAUCAACUACUCAGACGACCAAACCAACCGAUAAGCCACCAACCUCACCACCACCUUCACCACCAACUUCACCACCAACAACGGAACAUACUACUGAACCUUGUUAUAUGGAACCCUCUGAUUCUACUCCAGGAACUACCACUACCACUUCGAAGCCAACAACAACGACGAUCAAACCGGAAUACCUUUAUACUUUGCAGUGUUUAUCGACAGUAUUUCCAGUCGAAUCGAACGUUGCAUCCUACCAAGGAUCACGUCUAACGAUAAUUCGCCGAUCCAAAACGUUCACUAUCGCCGAAGCCCAAGAGGGGGCCAUUGAGAUAAUCUUCGACAAGCACUACUCCGAUGCAACGAUUGUCUGGUUCCACGAAACCACGAACAGUGACAGUCUGUUUAACCUGGCCAUUGAGGAGGCUGCCCGAUGCGUUGAUAUCUACGGGCGUAACAUUCGAAUUACUAAUCUGCAGCCGGGUAGAAACUACAUGUUCUGUGUGUUCUAUCGCCACGAAGCUUCGAUUUCGCCGUUUGAUUGUCUUCCGCAUCGUCUUUUGCCAGCCUAUGGGCAGCGAACUUGGAUGGUCGAAAACGACAAAAUAAAGAUCAUCAGCAUCAUGGUAUCAUCCGUGUUGGUUGCAGUUAUGACUGGAGUGGUUUUCACCUAUUGCUUCAUCAAAAGUUUCUCCUCACACCAGACUUCUUGUAGACGGAUUGUUUCGGACGUAGCCAUUACUAGAACUGCGACAAACCGAAGUUACAUGACACCGGUCGCAAGUGCUCCCGUUAGGACCUUCUCUAAACAUAAGCGUAGCGUAUCGGACACCAGUUUGGAGAGCUGCCGUAGUUAUGUUUCGGCCGUCGCUCCCGCGACACAGUAUCAGUAUAUCGCCUGGAAGUUGGAGAACCGCUCUCGGCCGGGGCUGGAUAACUACCCGUGUGAACCACCGCCACCACCUUUGCCACCGCAUCCCAGCAGCAAACGCUUCAAACACUCGAAGCCGGCAGUCGUUAGCAUGCAUCAACAUCAGAUCUACAACGAGCCGGAUAUGAGCUGCAUGGAUGAACCACCGCCACCGAUGCCGUCUUCCUGUCAUAGAUGCCACGCGAUGCACGGCUGCUAUCACCAGGACAUAUAAUUUCCUAGACACAAUUAUUUAUU